AUGAUCGAAACCCUGUUGCAUCUGAUAUUGAUCCUAAACGUAUCCCAGCUGCCUCCUCUUGUGACUUUACCUCAUUGCCAAACCAAAAUCAUCACCAAUGUGUCAAUGUCAUCAUCUUCUCCAGAGGACGAUAAGGACUAUAUUGUGGCUGUCAAGUUCUUGGGACCUCAGCUCAGCUUUUGCAGGCCAGCUCGUAAGAGUAGUAAACCAGAGUGGACCAACAUCAAGAUCGAGAACCCCUGCUUCCACUCCUCCUGUGUCAUGUAUUCCAAGAAAGACAACGUGUUUGGUGUUCUUGGAUCUGGAGGCCACGUCAUCGCGUCAUUGGAUUUUUUCAGCAAGAGGGAGCACUUUGUGUAG